GAUGGCGGAGGCCGGGGAGCCAGAAGCCGAACGGGAAGCGGAAAUCCCCGGCUGGAGUGAUUCCCAGUUCCGCUCUUACUCUUUCCCCACCCGUCCUAUCCCCAGGCUCCAGCACGGGGAUCCCCAGGCGGAGGCGCUUCUACAGCGGGAGCCACCAAUCAGCAGCUACUGAGAACCUGUGGUUCUCACAGAUACAAGUUUGGUGUGCACAGCUCUGAAGUGGGACUUGGAUUACAUGCAAGAAAACAUCGGUAAUGGGGACUUUUCUGUGUAUAGUGCCAACGGCCAUAAGUUUCUGUAUUACGAUGAGAAGAAAAUGGUAAACUUUAAGUCCUUUAAGCCUAAGUCAACAAGAGAGGAGAUGAAGUUUACUGAGUUUGUGGAGAAGCUUCGUGAGAUCCAACAGAAAGGAGGAGACGAUAGGUUAUACUUACAGCAGACCCUGAAUGACACCGUGGGACGAAAAAUAGUUGUAGACUUCUUGGGCUUUAACUGGAACUGGAUCAAUAAGCAACAAGCAAAGCAUGGCUGGGGCCAGCUGACAUCAAACUUACUGCUGAUUGGCAUGGAAGGUAACGUGACUCCGGCGCACUAUGAUGAGCAGCAGAACUUUUUUGCCCAGAUUAAAGGUUAUAAGCGCUGUAUCCUGUUUCCUCCUGACCAGUUUGAGAACCUCUAUCCAUACCCUGUGCAACAUCCUUGUGAUCGACAGAGCCAGGUGGACUUUGAGAAUCCUGAUUUAGAGAAGUUUCCAAACUUUAGAAAUGUGGUUGGUUACGAGACUGUGGUGGGACCUGGGGACGUUCUUUAUAUCCCUAUGUACUGGUGGCAUCAUAUUGAGUCACUAAUUGAUGGAGGAACUACAAUUACUGUAAAUUUCUGGUACAAGGGGGCUCCAACGCCUAAAAAAAUAGAAUACCCACUAAAGGCGCAUCAGAAGGUGGCGAUAAUGAGGAAUAUUGAGAAGAUGCUCGGGGAAGCUCUAGGGAACCCACAGGAGGUCGGCCCUUUGUUAAAUACAAUGAUCAAAGGUCGCUACAACUAAUUGGGCUAUGAACAAGAAAUAAUUAUGUUGCCUGAUGGAAGCUGCAACUUUCACUGCUGCUUCAGUUGUGAUUUCUUGGCCUUACGAUGAUGUAUACUGAGAGAUGGAAGCAGUUAUCAGAUUCGCCGGCCCUGACGCACUCCGUUUACACUUCACUGCUGUUUUCUGUUCCCCGUGGAUAUGUACAUUGCAAUAUAACGCCUGCUGCUUUGCCUUGUUCCCCAGACAACUGGAUGGAGUGUCACGCUUCUCUUGUCGCCUUGUGUGCACAUAAACGGUUUGUGAUGGACAUUCACUACUUACAAGUCAGAAUUCAGAGUACUGGUUUUAUGAAGAGUUUUCUUUUAACCAGCAACAUACAAGGUCUUUGUUCUUUUGUUUUUAUUUUUUUCAU